AUGAUGACAACAAUGAUGAGCUUUCGCUUGCCGCUGGUGGUACUGUUGGUGGUGGCAGCUGCAGUGGCGCACACGGCCGCAGCUGCAGCGAAUGAAGAGUCGGUCACUGCCAUUGAGAUCACCGACACGGAGACGUUCCAAGAGCUGAUGCGUGGUGACACCCCGUCCUUUGUCAAGUUCUACGCACCGUGGUGUGGCCAUUGCAAGCGCCUUGCGCCCACUUGGAACAGCUUGGCACGCGAGAUGCGAAGCAAUCCCAACAUCAUCGUUGCGCAAGUGGACUGCACGCAGCUGGAUGCCGUCUGCCUUGAACAAGGUGUUCGCGGGUAUCCCACGCUCCGCUUCUACGCCGGUGAUGGCGACAAAGGCAUGACCUACACUGAGGGCCGAUCCCUGGAGGCGCUGGUGCAGUAUGUGGAGGAGCAGCUGUCCGAGCUGGUGGAUGAUGCGCACAACACCAUGUAUGACUCCGGUGCCACCAACACAUUCGACGACAGCGAUCCACAGGUGACGCCGGAAGGGCUGCUGAUGCUGGAGCACGCGGCGCAGCUGACGCGACUGCUGCGCCAGGAUGAAGCGCCAGUCUUCGUCAUGUUCAUGACAUCAUGGUGCGCACAUUGCCGUGCCGCAAAGCCAGCUGUGCUGCAGCUUGCACAGCACAUCUCCCUGCAGCAACGACACGACGAGCCGCUGCCAAUCCUCAUCGCCAUGGUGAAUUGUGGGGAUUACCCGACGUUCUGCCGCUCCGAGAACGUUCGCGGGUAUCCAACGUUCAAGCUGUAUCGUCCACACGCAACGACGGUGGCGUACGAGGGGUCGCGAACCACAGAGGCCAUGCUCGCAUUCAUCAACAAACACUUGGUCGAGUCGGUGUCGCAAACAGAAGCGCCAGCUCCAGUCUUUGAGCCAAGCGAGGAUGGCCUGAUCUUCACUGCGGGCUCGUAUCACAAGGGUGUCGCUGUGUCUCCAAUCGUCGUGGUGAAAGCGUUUGUUCCCUGUUCAGAGUUUGCCUCACCCACGCCCACACACGUGCACACGCACUCGCACCCAUUCACCUCCACCACCACCACCACAACAACAACAACAACAACAACAACAACAACAACAACAACAACAACAACAACACAACAACACCACGCGUGA